AUGCUGCUACUUUUCUUAUUUGCAGCUGCAUUCCAUACGGUUGCAGCGCAAAUGUGCACCACGGCAGGGAAUGGGCCGUGCAUUAAUGGUGCCUGUGCGGUGGCUGGUGACACCUGUGCGACAUUUAACGGUAACACUGUCUGCUGUCCUGCAGCCAACAUCCUCACAACGAGGCGAACCACCGUAGCCACUUGUGUGGAUAAACUGAACCCAUCCACUGGAGUCUCUGAUUGCCCGAAAAGAGCCUACCUAUGCCAAGACUCCACCUACUACGCUGUCAUGACCGACCAGUGCCCACGCACUUGUGGACGUUGCUCUGGAUCUGCCACCACACCCCGCAGCACAACUUGUGUCGACAAGCUCAACCCGUCCACCGGUGUCUCGGAUUGUCCGAAUCGCAGGGCAUACUGCACCAACUCGGCCUACCUCAGCCUGAUGAGGGAUCAGUGCCCCAGGACCUGCGGCUUCUGCACUGCUGGA